AAAGAAAAAACUGAAUUCAUUUUAAUAACCCCUAUUCUUUUAUUUUUUCAGAAAUUAAAUAAAUGUCAAUAUCAUCAUCGAUUUCAAAUACACCAACACCCUCAAGAAAACCAUGGACCAACAAAGAAGAUGAAUUAUUGCAUGAACUUAGAAAAAAAAACAAUUUAGAUUGGAUUGAGGUGGCAAGAAGAAUAGAUGGAAGAAAUCCAUCUUAAUGUGCUUAGAGAUGGAAAAGAAUUAAAGGAUUUAAAUUAAGAAAACAAUGGACUGAAGAAGAAAAUCAAAAAUUAGUUGACUUAGUUUCUAAAUUUGGUUAUCAUUGGAGUAAAAUUAGUUCUUUUCUUCCAUAAAGAACUGGAAAACAGGUAAGAGAACAUUAUCUUAAUCAAUUACACCCAGAUAUUAAUAAUGAACCAUGGACAAAGGAAGAGGAUGAAAAAAUAAUAGAAUUUUACAAAAAAUUUGGUGGCAAAUGGAGCCAGAUUAGCAAACACUUAAACAAAAGAUCAGAAAAUAGCAUUAAAAAUAGAUUCUACUCAUACUUAAGAAACAAAUAUCUUAACAUUAAAAAUCCAUACUACAUUGUACCAGAAAAAAAAUAAAAGUUAAAUGAAUCUAUAGAUACUGAGGAAAAAUAAGAUAAAUAAGAAAAAUAACUAAUUAAUCCUAUAAAAUAAGAACCUUCAUUUCAAACCAAUUCUUAAUAAGUUCCUAAAGAGUUAAAUAUGCAAUUCUUUAUACCCUUCUAUCAAAAUACAUUGAUUUAAUAUCCUAUGGCUUAUCCUUGUGCUAUGUUAUUCCCAAUUUGUUUGUAUUAGUAAUAAGGAUCGUUAGUCAAUCAGCCUAUGCGAUAUUGAUUUUUAAUUUUAGAUUAUCGAGUUUAUUUUAAAUAUUAUAAAAG